AUGCAGAGCUGCUUCGCCGCCUGUUCGCAGGUAGUCUGUGUGGCAGAGGACACCGCGGUGGCGUUUUAUGCGCCCAAGUCGCUGCGGAAGUUCCUCGUGGAGCGGCUCAACGGAUCCCGCGUGUGCGGGAUGUAUGUGCAGAGCACUUCUGGCGCCAAGGCGGUGCUGCACGUCAUCGAUGCCGAGGCUACGUUGUUCGAGUUUGCAAUCGAGGGUGGCGCGCCAUCUUUGGCGCGCACUGUCUCGAUUCGACUCCCACCGGCCUCACCUCUCCCGUCCACAUCAGCUGGAGAGAGUGAGGAAGUUGCAGAUAGGCGGCAUCAGGGCUCAACGAGCCGGACGGUGAACGGUGAGGCGGCCGACACCGCCUCCGUCGUCAUGGCUGCUCACUUCCAUGUGCAGCAGGGACAGCUCUUUGCUGUUAUGCUCACGAAAGCCGGCGUUUACGAGGCCGCGCUAGGCUCCGCCUCACCCAUGGGGGCGACGAGCGCGCCGUCGGCGGUGGUGGUGCACACCUUCAAGGAGGCCGUACCGCACGGGUAUCUUUCUGUCGGCCAGUUUACUGGCCUGGUCGUUGUAGCCGUCCCGCACGCGCAUGAGUUUUUCUACUCCCUCUUCACGGACCGCCUGUCCGCUCACCAGCCGCACCGCCCGUCCUGUCCGCCCCUCCUGCCGCGCGCCGUAAAUGUGCAGAUCCAGAGUGUUUCCUGCAGCCCAAUGAGCAUGUCGGUCGCUGUUGGUGGCAGGCGCGGUGAGCUGCUCAUCUACGUGGAGGUUCAAGAGCCACACUGCUUUGCCGACCACUGGCAUCACACACCCCUGACAGCGCUUGCCUUUGCUCUAGAUGGCAGCGCAGUCUACACUGGCGGCCGCGAGUCUGUGCUGCUAAUCUGGGAUCUGGUGUCCUACAGUCACAAGAAAGUCAAGGUGCAGCUGGGCACGCUGCAAGGCAUAACGCCCUUCAACAGUGGAGGGGCGCAGCUGUUGCUGUCAUGUGGCACGUCGACGCUCGCCGUUGCGGACUUGCUGCAGAUGCGUGUGGCAACGACGGCGGAGGGCAUCGAGUGGGCCGCUGAGGAUGUGUGCACCGGGCUCGUCGUUGAGCAGUGGCGCGGGAGCCCGGCUGUGAUUCUGACGGGGAUGCCAAAUGUGCUGCGCGUCUGCGACCCGUACACGCAGCAGUCUAUCUACUCGCUCCACGUGUCCUCGCAGAUGGAGACGAUCCCGAGCCCGCCCCGCCAUGGAAUUCAGUUCGUUGGCAUUCUGAACGACAGCCGCUCUCUCGUGACGUACGAGUCCUUCUCCUCGACGGUGCUUCCCCCGCUGCUGCGCUUUUGGGAGUAUGACAUGCCACAUAAGCGGCAUGUGGAGACGCAGACCGUCUACUCCCCGCAUCGCUCCGCCGUGCUAGCUCUGGAGGUGGACAAGCGAGGGCGGCGAGUGUUCACGCUGAGCUCCGAGGCGAUGAAGUGCUGGGCACAGACUGCCUUCACCGCACAGGACACAUACGGCACCCCGACUGGCGGCUGGCACAACCACUCCACGAUGGCGACCCCCUCCCAGCAGGUGCAGACAAUGGCCCUUUCCGCGGACAGCUCGCUCUGCUUCGUGGCGGAUGACUGUCUGCACGUGUAUUCGGUGCAGGACUGCAGGCCCGGCGAGCGCUGGUCACUGGUUCAACUUUUGCCGCAGUACACGGAAACGCAACCGCUGCGCAGGAUAGUCGUGUCACCCGACUGCCGGCACGCCGUGGCAGCUGGGAAACGGCACAUCUUCUUUUGGACACUGCACACGUGUGCAGAGGAGCCGACCGUAUUCAGCGUGGACGAGUCAUGCAUUACUGCCUUGAGCGCCUUCACGGACACGACGGUGAUAGCCGCCCUCGAGGACACAUCCCUUGUGGAGCUUCGCUGCUGCGCCGCCGGCAGCAGUAAGGGCCCACAGCUGGGUGAGGUGGUGCGCCGUAUUGCGAACGCCUCUCGCUUCCCUUUGCGCCACAUCGCCCCACUGCACAUGAAUGGCCAGCGUCUCGCUGCUGUGGACGCUGUGACGGGCUUCAAGAUUUUGCAGCUGCCUACAGGAGCCGCAGCUGUGGCGCAGCCCUCCGUGUAUGAAUGGGCCGGCACCAGCGACGCAGCGAGCGGCGCGGGUGCCGUGGCAGAGGGCGACAAGGCCGCACGCCUUCAGCUGCAGUCCUUCUUCAAGGAGAUAACCUCAAUCCAAGACUCACAGGAGGUGCUAAUGACAGCGAGCAAAGAAGGCGCCUUGGCAACAGCGCAGCAGACGGCUCAGGCGGAUCAGUGGCUGGCUGAGGUACUGGGUGAGCCGGCCUACACGGUGCCGCCGAUGAGCGUUAUUCUGUCCACGUACCUGCAGCGUCGGCCGUACUAG